AUGAAUAUGUUCGGCACCGUUGUAAUUGCGCAUGAGUGGUCUCUGCACCCUCAAUUCUACAAGCCCACCGAGCCGCACCUUCCCUGGAUUCCGACAGCCGCUGCGCCUUUCCCGCAUGGGUUUGCCCAUGUGGAGCUCACGAACAUGCCGCCUCACGUCAUCAAUUACAAAGCAUUCUUUAAGCUCGAAAAGGCAUACGCGAACGUGCUGAAGAAGCAUAGUCAGUUUCUCAGGCACUGGUGGGAGACCGGCCGAGUCAGCACUCCCUCCAUACACGGCGACGACGAGAAGAUCUACGUCCUGGUCGACACCGUGAUCAUGCGGAUGCACUACGCCGUCGUGCACACCGUCGUCGACUUUGGGUUCCACAUUGAGGACCUGAUGAUCCUAGCGGCCAACGCCCAGCAUUGCAUCUUUGAGGGCUGGGGCAUCUAUUUCUGGUUGACGAGAUGGCCAGUUGAUCCUCGUCGGAUCACCCAUCCGGUCGUUGGCGCAAUCGUCACUGACUACAAGCAGCUGCGAGAGUUGUAUGACAUGGGCCUGCCGGUGUGGAUGUAUAUUCCACGGUCACAGCUGCCGACAAACCUAGCAGUCGCCAAAGUCGUUGCCCAGUGCCGCCACGAUGUGUUCGUGGAGAGAGACUUCAGCGGUCGCUGGUCCGUCACGCUCGCAGCCUGUGGCGGGCCCAUUGCGCACUACAAAAAGACACUAUCAGCUACGACGGUUGCGCGUCGGUCUGCGUCACAGGUGUACGUGCUGAAAUUGAAGGGCCAGACGCAAGACAAGAACCGGGGUCGUCAACUGCAGGCAGAGAAGGCCGCCUUGUACAAUGCUAUCGCAAACCUCGAGAAGCCGUCGAUGCCGCAUCCAAUCCUUGCCGUCUUCAAGUCGCUCAUCACGAGCAUCCCGGUCUCAAUAGACAGGCCAUUCGCGAUGCCAGCCCCACCCAUCACUCUUGUCGCUGCGAACACCAGUCAGACCGGCAAACACUGCCGCUACGGCUGGAUUCAAUUUCGGAGGGUGUACCAAGCGUUAUUGGCUAGUGACCUGUUCCGCUGUUCGCCGGACAACGUUGCAUCGUUCCAGUACAGUCGCGGGGCUUGGAAGGAGCUUCUGAAGAUGGACAAGUGGCCCACCCUUUUUGAUACUCACGCGGUGCCCAGAACGACUGACAAGCACCUCGAAUGUGCUGCCACAACGAUUCGCGAGCUGUUGAGCAAGUGUGGCGUCCCUUUCCCGUCAGAUGAGCCCAACACCCUGUAUUUUGGCAAAGUACUGUCCGAUGGCGACCUGCAGAACACCGCGUGGAGGAUGCUCAUCGUGUGGGACGUCAACGAGCACGCUGUUCACCAAGACCUCCUCCUGAUUGCAUACCACUUCCUUCGGCGCAACAACCGUAACAAAGAAUUACCGCCCGCCGCCUACAACAGGACCAUCGCCGCCAUCCGAGCAUGUAUGGCAGACCGUGUCUUCGACUUCAAACGCAACCCCACGUCGCCGAACGGCUUUGGUGACAAGGACAUGUACUCUCGUCGCAAGUUCAUAUUCGCGCUCUCGGAUCUCAUGCAAGACUGGAAGGUUUUGGGGUUGCUGGUGCUGCCGUUGUGGGCUACCACCGAUGAUUGUCUGUCGCAUAUCAGCUACGUCGCGCUCGAGAAGACGGUCGUGACCGCGUACAUGAACACGUUCCUCGACUCGCUUGACCCUGAAUGCAUAUGUUACCCGGGAAAGUUCGAGCGAUCGUUGAGCCAAUUCAUUCAUUGUAUCAUCUUGAGGUUACGCCGUCUCUCAACACACAUUAAAGUGUUCGAUAAGGGCCCAAACUACGUAGAAGUAUCGAUACCCAUGGCCAGGCUCGGAGCCAAAGAGCCAACUGCUCAGAUCCGACGACGGUUGGUGCAAUGGGGGGAGGGGUCCAAUGACCAGCUCAUACUGCUGGAGAGCAGGCCAAACCGCUUCGCGAAGGGCUGCAUUGCGAGAGAAAAGGUAUAG